AUGUACAGCUUGCCCUACUUAUCCUUAACAAUAAUAAUUUUUUAAGUUUAGUUGAGAACAAACCAGGCAGAUGUCGCGAUUUUUAUAAAUAACUACAACAGAUUACAGCAUUAAAACUACAUCCAACUCUUUGUUAUAAACACCCGCAUGGAAAAUAAUUAGUAGAAACGUCACAAUAAUCAUCUGAUUAAAGUGUUUAAUUAACAAUUUAAAUAGACAUACAUCCAUAUACAAACAGGUGAUCCUGGUUCAUGUCGCAUUUCAACGGAAGCUCGACAAAAUGGUGCUAGUUUUAAACGGUGUCCUGCAAGCCAAGUGUCCACAAGACACACAGUCUUUGUACAACGCUCAUCCUGUCUAUCGAGAGACUGCAGCACAGCUACUAGCUAUACCCAAUAAAGUGAUAGGUCCUGUGGGGCUCUUAUACGUCCAACAGAGGGAAUUUGCCGCUACAGUGUCCCAUGACAAGAACGUAAGCAUUAUGGGGUCAGACGAUGCCUCUACGUGUAUCAUAGUAGUUGUUCGACACUCUGGAUCAGGUGCAGUAGCAUUAGGACACUUUGAUGGCUCUGGAACAGACGAAGCUGUCUGCACGAUGGUGCAGAGAGUUCAGGAGCUGGCUUUGGGGUAUCCCGAGGGCAGAAUCGAGUUGCAGAUGGUUGGGGGGUACACAGACGCACAUCACUUUUCCGAAGAACUGUUUUAUAGUAUAAUGACGGCUUUUCAUAAGCAACCGGUCGAGAUCGAUUUGACGCUGGCUUGCGUGGGGCAGUUGAAUUCGACGAUUAGGGGAGGUAUUCCGUGGCCCAUUAUUUAUGGGAUCGGGGUGAACAUUAAGACUGGCGAAAUAUUCCCUGCGACCUUCCCAGAAAAAGGCCCAGAAGAGUCGUUGAGGUCUGCCCGGCACUUAGCGGGCGUCCCCCAAGUCCUGGACAUCUACGACUGCAGUCUAGGCCUACUGAGAAUCGGUCCGUUUAACUACAGACCCUUGCGAGGCGUGGACCUUUGGCUCGAGCAAAACGACGAGUUCAUUUUACAGCAUUUAUCCACUUCUCCGGAAGUAGAACCGCCUCAUUUCGUAAUGCACAUCAGGGCGACGCUGAAGUAUAUCCAAGACAACCCGUUUCCCGCCGUGACGGUGUUCAGGGAUAACCGUCCGCACUACUUCCGCCGGGACGAGCAUUCAGGUAUGUGGGUGCCCGUCGGGUUUUAAAUUAGCGGAAUUAUUGUUAUAUAUUUACUGUUUUUAUUCAAAAUACAUUUAUAUAUAUAUACAUAUAGAGAGGAUAUUUUUGCAUAUUUACAUUCGUGUCAUAGAUAGUGUAUCGUUCGUUGUUUAGGAUGGGCCCUGGGAAUUACAAAGUUACUCGGUGUCAUUAAUAAAUAUUUUGACAGAAAACGGAAAAAAAUAAAAAUUUAAUCACUUUGAAAGUUGUGUUAAAUACCAUAUUUCUUUUUGAAGUUUUUCUGUCGGACCGUUGAGCCAGGCAAAUUUAGAAUCAAAUGAAAAAUUGAAGCGUUGCCAGUAGUUUAAACAGAACAUAAGCCCUUUUGUAUCUUGGUGCGCUAGAAGCCAUUGCAUAACUUUGCACACUUUUUUUUUGUAAAAAUUCGUGGUUCAAUGUUUGAACUGAUUUAAAAACUAUAUUUUUUUAGUGUUUGUUGCAACAUAAAACAUAUUUUAAACGAUUAAGUUUAAAGGACCCUUUUGUUUAUUAUGAAGCUGGCAAAAGCGUAGUUGAUUCUUCCAUUUCAAGGUGAUUUGUAGGUCAAAUCCCCCUCUUCAACUUUUCAGGUUGAUAUAUCGUAAUAGACUAGGCGGUAUCUGUUUUGGUUUGGGUGAAUCUUAUAUCCACGGAGAUUUUUGGCUUUUUGGCU